AUGGGCGUGUGGGGGUGGAAACAGGGGGGGUGUAGAGUUGGCGGGGGGGAGGUGAAGUCUCGAUACGACGAGAAAGCCGGCAAGGGUGCGGUGGCUCUCGGGGGUCUUGGAGUGAAGUCGGGGGGCAGAGGGGGAGGGGUUGGAGGGGCAGGCGUAGAGCAGAGGGAAUGCCCACUGGGGUCCAGAGUGAGGGACAGCCACUCGUCAGUGAUGGCCUGCAGCACGGGUGCUCUUGGGGCAGGCUGA